CUGUGCAUCAGCAGCAGCGGCGUUAAUUCUGCACAUCACGGAGAAGAGCGAUAAAAUUAGCAAAAACGAGUUGUCGCUGCGCCGAUCUCUCCGUCGCGCCGCGAUGCUGUAACCGGUGCGGACAUGCUCUUGCUCUUGAUGAAUCCGAGCCCAGAACAGGACGUUCGCGAGUUUAGAUGGACGUGGGUUUGAGAGAACGAUGAAACAGAUACGGGGAUUAUUUUUAUUCUAGCCAGAGGGGCAGAAGGUUUAAUACUUUCUCGGAUUAACUCUGCCGUAAUCGGAGCAGGCUGCAGUGGAGCAACACGGUACUGAUACAGUGCGCCCGUUCCAACACCGCGUCCUUUUGGAAUGACACUGACGGGACCCUGACAGGUGACUGAGGCUGUACAUUACAGCUGAUCUUUUAAAGUCCUCAAAGCAGUGUUUGCCGAUGAAGCAGAUGUGAAUGAGUGGUCAGAUGCAGUUGCUUUACCUCACGCGGCUCUGAGAGCUCUGCUUCUGGAGAACACAUUUGCUCAAUAUUCACCGAGAACUGCUUCAUAUGGGCGAGGAGGGAACGCGGUUCCCUUCGUGUUGGACAUGGGCUCGCUGUCAAGAUAACGGCGUGUCGGAUCCAGAGCGGGAGAAACGAUGGGCCGAGCUGUUUGACCAGUUGGACCUAAAUAAAGACGGGAGGAUCGAUGUGAAUGAACUGCGCACCGGAUUAACCCAAUGGGGGAUCGUUCGUGGUGAAGUGGACGAGAUUGUACGUGUGAGCGACACCAAUCAUGACGGCCAGCUGGACUUUGAGGAGUUUACGCAGUAUCUGCGCACACACGAGAAGGAGCUCCGACUCAUGUUCAGCAGCCUGGACCACAACAACGAUGGUCACAUAGACGUUCCAGAGAUUCAGCUCUCCUUGCGCAGCCUUGGAGUGAAUGUAUCCAUAGAGCAGGCCUCCAGAAUCCUGCAAAGCAUAGACAGGGAUGGCACUAUGACCAUUGACUGGAUUGAGUGGCGGGACCACUUUCUGUUUAACCCCUUGCACAACAUGGAGGACAUCGCCCACUACUGGAAACACUCUCUGAUGUUGGACAUUGGAGAGCAGCUGACAGUGCCUGAUGAGUUUUCAGAGAAGGAGCGGCGGUCAGGUGUGGUGUGGAGACAGCUGGUGGCCGGAGCAAUGGCAGGAGCCGUGUCACGAACAGGAACUGCCCCUUUGGACCGUCUGAAAGUUUUCCUUCAGGUUCAUGGCACCAGUGGUGUGAGUUUGUUUAGUGGAUUGCAAGGAAUGGUGCGGGAGGGAGGAUUGAGGUCCCUUUGGAGAGGCAACGGAAUUAAUGUCCUCAAAAUUGCCCCGGAGUCAGCUAUCAAAUUCAUGGCUUAUGAACAGAUCAAAUGGCUGAUCAGAGGCCGUAAGGAGGGAGGUACUCUGAGGGUUCAAGAACGCUUCAUUGCUGGCUCUCUGGCUGGAGCUACAGCUCAGACCAUCAUCUACCCCAUGGAGGUGUUGAAGACCCGUCUGACCCUUCGCAAGACUGGACAGUAUUCUGGCAUGGCAGACUGUGCCAAGCAGAUACUGCGUAAAGAAGGAGUACGUGCGUUCUAUAAGGGCUAUGUGCCCAACACACUUGGCAUCAUCCCGUAUGCUGGCAUUGAUCUGGCUGUCUAUGAGACUCUGAAGAACGCUUGGCUCCAGCGGUACUGCAUGGGCUCGGCCGAUCCUGGAGUUCUGGUGCUGCUGGGAUGCGGUACUGUGUCCAGCACAUGUGGACAGCUGGCUAGUUACCCGCUGGCUUUAAUCCGCACACGCAUGCAGGCUCAGGCCUCAGCAGAAGGCGCUCCUCAGCUGUCGAUGGUUGGCCAGUUCAAGCACAUUGUGUCCCAUGAGGGCGUUCCAGGACUGUACCGUGGCAUCGCCCCCAAUUUCCUCAAAGUCAUUCCUGCUGUGAGCAUCUCUUACGUGGUUUAUGAGCAUAUGAAGAAAGCACUGGGAGUGGGAUCUUAAACGAAGACACAAUCAGAGUCAAAGAGAAGAACCCGUAGUGAAAGAGGACAAUGUAACUUCUGUACCUCAUAAUAACGAGCCUUAGGUAGGCAAUUAAGACCUCUAGAGGCCAGGAUAAGAACGAUGUAGUCAGUGAAUGACCUAAAAAUCUACUCCACAUUGUACACAAUCACAUUCCCAUGACAAUUCAGACUUUAGCAGAACGGGAAGAAAGUUUUAGGCUGAGGGAGUCAUUAAAGGAUUAGUUCACCGCUACAAUGAAAAUUAAUUUACUCAUCUUCAUGUCAUUCCAGACUUUUGAUAAUUGUCUGAACACAAAUGAAGAUGUUUUUAACAAACAUGAAAGAUUUUACUACCCUUUUAGCACUGAAUAUUAUUAAAAAAGAAAUUUGGUUUGUUUUAAUACAAGUCUUCUGAAGAGAUGUGAUCAUUCGUUCAUUGUCUUUUCGGCUUAGUCCCUUUACUAAUCAGGGGUCACCAAAGCCAAAUGAACCACCAACUUAUCCAGCAUAUGUUUUAUUGAGGGGAUGCCCUUCCAGCCACAACCCAACACUGGGAAACACCCAUACACUCUUUCACACACUACGAACAAUUUAGCUUAUUCAAUUCACCUAUAUCGCAACUGACCCAGCCGAGGCUCGAACCAGCGACCUUUUUGCUGUGAGGCAAUUGUGCUACUCACUGCGCCACCGUGACGCCCUCAGAUGUGAUCAUAUUAUAUGAAUUUGUUUUUAUUCUCAUAUUAACAAUGAUCAGCAAAGAUAAACAGACAAUCAGUGUGGGAACAAACCUUGUUGGCUCAUGCAGAAGCUUAACUCUGCCAUGUGACACUAAAGUAUGCAUCUCAUUGGCUCUUGUGCGUCAAGCAAAAAUGAUUGUUGAGCUUCCCUUGCCAAAUUUGAAUGCUGUAAUUAAUGUUCACUACACCAGUUCACAUGAGUAUUGCUUUUAUGAACGUUUAGUUGAAAUGUUCUUUAAAAUCUCUCAGAUUUCAUACAAAAAUAUCUUCAUUUGUGUUGUGAACAUGAGAUUUUGGAAUCACAUGAGUAAAUGAUGACUGAAUUUUCAUGUCUGGCAGAACUAUCCCUUUAACAGCAAUGGGAGGUAGAACAAAGUGUAUCUCUAUGACUGGCAGCUUGGAGAUCUCAGGUUUAUUGUACACUAUUUAUCUGCUGUUUCACAUAAACAACUUCUUAUCUGUAAAGGGGAACGCCCAAACUACGGUAUGUUUUUUAAGGAAUGCUGUUGACAUUAAUAAACGUGGUAAACUAAUGGGUAAUGAAAUAUAUUUAAUAUGAUGAGGAGAAAUAGUGAGCCUAUUGCCUGUAUUUUUAAGAUGGUUAGUUUUAGACUUUCUCAAAUGACAACCAAAGUUUCUUUCCUCAAUUGUACCAAAAUGUUGAAGAAGGUGUUUUAAUGUACAGUGGAGCAAUGGAUAUUUGAAAUAUUCUCUUCUGACUGGUAUUUCAUAAAAGUUAUGAAGGAAUGAUAAAUUAUCAGGCAUGUUUGAGCAGGGAUUUACACUGUGGUAUGACUUGUGUAUUUUGUAAAGGCCAUUGAGAGCUAAGCAUGUUGUAUGCUACACUUUUAUGAUCAAACGAUUUGCACUCUUAAGAUGAUUGUGGAAUUUAUAUUCUAAUCUGAUUCAUGAUGUUCUUUAAUAACAUAUGCUGCUUUGCUACCUUCUUACAAUUUUAACCUCUUCUGAUGUUUCAGUCCUCGUUGUAAAGAUGUAGAGUGAAAUUCAGGAUUUAGUGUUAAAAUUAUAAGUAAUUGAUAAAAUUGCUGCCUUGAACAAAUGAAGUACGAACAAGGGCAUUCGAAUGGGAGUUUACAAGUGAAGUUUUGCAUUAGAUUUGGAUGCUUUGUUUUUUUUUCAUGUAUGUGCUGUGCAUGGUGAAUGCUAAAACAUGUGGCUCAAAGUGUAUUUAUAAAUCAAAGGGCUUUUGGUAGUGCAUGCUGUCAAUGAUGCUAGUGGUGUCACAAUUUGCAUGUUUUAUGUGUUUUUCCAUAUCAAAAACAUGCACAAUACUGUGGCUGACAGGAAAUGUGUGUUUACUCAACAUGAUUAAUGUUACCCAACAGCAAAUCAACGGAUGACUCAAAAUCACAGGUUACAAUUGGCAUUGCUGUUGAUUCAUAUCACAUGCUAUUUUUAUAGACAAAUAUCCAUUCAUACUUCUGAAUGACUAUAUUUAAUAUGUAACUGGCUAUAUAUGUAAUGCAGAUUUUGCUGAAUAUGAAUAUUUAAGUGCUUGCCUCUUUCAUUUUUGACUAUGACAUGGUUUUGGGUAUGACUACCAUUUGAAUGUAUAUUUAAAAUAGCUUACAAAAUAAUUACCUCUGGAGAUUGUAGGCUAUUUAGAAACUGCCCUGCUGAAAAAUCCAGCUUAAACCAGUCUAGGAUGGUUGGCUGGUUUUAGCUGGUCGACCAGAGGAGUUUUGGCCCGGUCAGGCUGGAAAAUGGCCAGCUAAAACCAGCUUGACCAGCCUAGCCAGGCUGGGAGCCCAGCCAAUACCAGCUAUGCCCAGCGUAUACCAGGCUGCUCAAGUUGGUUGUAGCUGGUUUUAGCUGGCCAUUUUCCAGCCUGACCAGCUAUGACCAGACUGGAAAUGGCUGGAAACCAGCCUGGAAAUGGCCAAAACCCCUCUUAAAAAAUCAGGCUGGUUUAAGCUGUUUUUUUUUUUUCUUCAGGGUGACUUAACCUACUGUAUAUUCUGUUUGUUUAGCUUGAAUACAUCACAUCAGAAGUAGUGUGCCUUGACAUGCUGUAUACACUUUAACAGAUGUGCAUGGUGUUUUUAUUGAGCUCAUCUGAAAAUGAUUGCCUGCUUUCUUUAUGUAUAAGUGAUAAAAAAUGAUUGGGAGGGUAUGAACAAUAAGAAUGUAGACUGUUUGUCUUGGAAAAAGAAAAAUAUUAAUAAAAAAAUCAAAC